AUGCACCAGCCCAAGCUGCCGGUCCAGCAGCUGCUGAUUUUGUCAAUAUGUCGCUUCGCAGAACCCAUCGUCUUUACUUCGAUUCUGCCCUACUUGCCGGAACUCGUUGAAUAUGUGGGCGUCCCCAGAAACGAAGUCGCCAAAUGGGUCGGCAUCUGCUCCGCGGUUGCAUCACUCAGCCAGGCCCUGAUGGCCGUCCCCUGGGGCACAGCCUCCGACCGAGUAGGCCGCAAGCCAGUGAUUCUAUUCGGACUGACUUGCACGAUGGUGUGCUCGAUCAUGUUCGGCAUGUCGCAGAGCCUGACCAUGGUGCUGAUAUCGCGCAUGAUGCUCGGCUUGAUGAACGGCAACGUCGGGAUUCUGCGGACCAUGGUCGCCGAGAUGGUGCCCGAGCGCGAGCUGCAGCCGCGCGCGUUUAGUAUUCUGCCGCUUGUCUGGACUGUCGGUAGUAUCUUCGGACCGGCAUUUGGCGGGAUGCUGGCGCGCCCUGCUGAGAAGCAUCCUGCGCUGUUUGGUGACUCUUGGUUUCUGCGCCGGUUUCCCUUUGCGUUGCCGAAUUUGGCGGCUGCUUGUUUCUUUAUCAUUGGGAUUACCACUGGGUUCUUGUUUCUCAGAGAAACUCUGGAGACUCAGAAAGACCGUCGGGAUUAUGGUCUGUUUCUGGGCAAGGCUAUCACCAGGUCCUGUCUUUCACGCAAACAUCAGGACUCUGGCCCAGUGACUUCGGAUGAGCGAGCAUCCCUUCUCCCAGAGAAUGGGCAACCACCUCGCAAGAAGAAACCAGUGAGACAGCCCAGCUGGUCGCAGGUUUUCACGCCGCAGUCCAACCUGGUGCUCCUGGCUUAUUCCCUGCUAGCAAUGCACAGCAUGGCCUUUGACUCGGUGUUCCCAGUCUUCCUGCACUACCCGGUGCAAGAGUUCGAGGGCAACCCCGAUGUACAGCUGCCAUUCAAGUUUGCCGGUGGUUUUGGAGUUGACGCCCAAACCAUCGGCCUAUUCUACACAAUUAUCGGCACAACAGGAAUGGUCAUCCAAUUCCUGUGCUUCCCACCCAUCGCUACCCGCUACGGCGUCCUCAAGUGCCUAAAAGUCUCCGUCAUCAUCCUCCCACUAACCUACCUCAUCACGCCAUUCACCGCCCUCGUACCCGUCACACUGCGCAUCCCCACCGUGCUGUCCAUCAUGCUGGUCAGACUCAGCGCAGGCAUCUUCGGGGUUCCCUGCUGCACGAUCCUGCUCACCAAUUCGGCGUCGACGCUGACGGUGCUCGGCACUUUGAACGGCGUCGCCACGACUUUCAGCGCGGUUGGCCGCGCCGCUGGCCCCGCGCUGACCGGGGCGGCAUUCUCGUUUGGCGUCUCGCGUGGGUAUGUCGUUUUUCCGUGGUGGGUGCUGGCGCUUUUGGCUGCUCUUAGUGCCGUUCCGGUGUUUUGGUUGGUUGAGAUGGAGGGGCCGAAGAGGGAGGAUAAUUAUGAUUAUGAUGACGAUGAUGAGGUUUAUGAUGAUCAUGAUUAUGAUGUUCGGACUGGGGUGGAAGUUCGG